AUGGAUGAAACAGACCUGAAAAAACGGAAUUACACUCGCAAUGGCAGCGUCACACGCAGUGUGGGCUCCAUAAUCAAACCAAAUGAGGAGGAAGUCAAAGCUACAAUACUGCAGAAAGAUGUGGGUCUGCUGAGCGGGAUCUGUCUGAUUGUAGGGACGAUGAUCGGCUCAGGCAUCUUCAUCUCUCCCAAAGCCGUGCUUGAGGGAACAGGAGCAGUGGGGCCAUGCCUGUGUGUGUGGGCAGCGUGUGGGGUGUUGUCCACUCUAGGAGCUCUGUGCUAUGCUGAGCUUGGCACAAUGAUCACUAAGUCAGGUGGUGAGUACCCGUACCUGAUGGAAGGUUUUGGGCCCGUGUUGGCGUACCUCUACUCCUGGACAACCAUCUUUGUUCUGAAACCUUCGUCCUUUGCCAUCAUCGCCCUCAGCUGUGCAGAAUAUGCCUCCACGCCUUUCUACCCAGGAUGCAUCCCACCUAUGAUGAUCACCAAAUGCCUGGCUGCAGCUUUUAUCUUAUUGAUUGUGCUCGUGAACUGCCUAAGUGUGAAGCUUGCCAGCUAUGUCCAAAACUUCUUCACUGCAGCCAAACUCCUUAUCAUCGUCAUCAUAGUGGUAUCAGGAAUCGUUAUGCUGGCCCAAGGAAAUACACAGAAUCUCACAGAUACAUUUAAAGGAGCAGCAACAUCAUUUGGUGCAAUCGGACUGGCCUUUUACAAUGGCCUCUGGGCUUAUGAUGGGUGGAAUCAGCUGAACUUCAUAACAGAAGAGCUGAAAAACCCAUACCGGAAUCUUCCACUGGCCAUCAUGAUUGGGAUUCCUUUGGUGUCUGUUUGCUAUGUGCUAGUCAAUGUUGCCUACUUCAGUGUCCUGACACCCACAGAACUACUGCAGUCACCUGCUGUUGCUGUGACUUAUGGUGACAGAGUGCUGUACCCAGUCUCAUGGUUGGUGCCGCUGUUUGUGGUCUUCUCCGCUUUUGGAGCUGCUAAUGGAAGCUGUUUCACAGCUGGAAGGCUGACAUAUGUCGCUGGACGAGAAGGCCACAUGGUGAAGAUCCUGUCCUAUAUUAGUCCGAAAUAUUUCACUCCUGCACCAGCUCUCAUCUUUAAUGGUAUUCUGUCCAUUUUCUACAUAAUUCCAGCAGAUAUCAACACUCUCAUUAACUACUUCAGCUUUGCUCAGUGGCUUUUCUAUGGUCUGACUGCCCUCGCUCUCAUUGUAAUGCGCUUCACAAGAAAAGAGUUAGAAAGGCCUAUAAAGGUGCCCAUUAUUAUCCCAGUUGUGGUGGUCAUAGUGUCCUGUUACCUGGUUUUGGCUCCAAUCAUCGACAAGCCUGAGUUUGAAUAUCUGUACUGCACAGUGUUCAUCGUAGGCGGGAUGAUUUUUUACUACCCCUUUGUCCACCGCAAGUUCAGCUGGACCCGCAGAGUCAUGAGACCCAUCACCAUGCAUCUGCAGUUGCUAAUGGAAGUUGUCCCACCGGAGUUAGAGUGAAGAACCUCAGACAGUAGGUUGGAAAACACCGGAUAUGAUCAGUCUGAUCAGUCAACAAAUUGCUACAGAAUACUUAAAGGGAAGCUGACUGCACAGAGUGUUAUGAAGAACUUCAACUGCCAUCUUCCUGUACUGUACUACAUCGCCAGAGCGACCUCUACUGAGCAAAAAGAAGGCCUUAAACAUCAAUUGGUAAGAAAAUACUCAUUUCUAAAGUAAGACACAGUGCACAACAACCUCCCAUAACAGUGUUCUUCAUUGUGCUGGUGGUCCCAGAAAUAAGCAAGGAGGCCCAUGAGUAAAAUCCCCAAUAUACACUCAUAUGCAGAAGUUCAGAAGUUUAGGCACUCCUAAUGCACUACACAGAAAUGUACACGUUUUGUCAUUUUUUUUUACCUCUACAGAGAACACACUCCUACACAUUUUAUUACAAAAUUGAUGCUUAUUUGCCGAAUUUAACAGAUCUGGAAAAAAUAUAAACAUGUUGCCUGUAAAAGUUAUGACCGAUUUUAUAUUUUAUGUUUUAUUUUUUGCAUUUUGUUGAACAUUAUACACAUAUCUGAAAUAUAAAACAGAUGUUUAUAGCAGUAGCUAUUUAGUGAUCAACUUUAAAUUGCGAGUGUCCCCCUGCCUAAGUGGUCUCCAUAGAUUUUACAAAUACAGACCAAACAAUUGAGAAAAAAACAUCCUUUAUGAGACCUUUCACCCAAUGAGCACUGACCUCUGAGCAUCCUUUUUGAGGGUUCUAGAUACUGAGAAACUGCUCAUGGGUAAAUUUUAA